UGGGCUUCCCGCCGCAGAACGUGGCCCGCGUGGUGGUGUGGGAGUGGCUGAAUGAGCACAACCGCUGGCGGCCCUACUCGGCCACCGUGUGCCACCACAUCGAGAACGUUCUCAAGGAGGAUGCCCGCGGCUCCGUGGUCCUGGGGCAGGUGGAUGCCCAGCUGGUGCCCUACAUCAUCGACCUGCAGUCCAUGCACCAGUUUCGCCAGGACACAGGCACCAUGCGGCCCGUGCGGCGCAACUUCUACGACCCCUCGUCGGCGCCGGGCAAGGGCAUCGUGUGGGAGUGGGAGAACGACGGCGGCGCCUGGACGGCCUACGACAUGGACAUCUGCAUCACCAUCCAGAACGCCUACGAGAAGCAGCACCCCUGGCUCGACCUCUCGUCGCUCGGCUUCUGCUACCUCAUCUACUUCAACAGCAUGUCGCAGAUGAACCGCCAGACGCGCAGGCGCCGCCGGCUGCGCCGCCGCCUCGCACGUGCCUCCAUCCCGCCCGGGGUCCCCGCGCUCCCGGUGAAGAACUUGAAUGGGACCGGCCCAGUCCACCCGGCCCUGGCAGGGAUGACCGGGAUCCUGCUUUGCGCUGCCGGGCUGCCCGUGUGCCUGACCCGGGCACCCAAACCUAUCCUGCACCCGCCGCCGGUGAGCAAGAGCGACGUGAAGCCCGUGCCCGGUGUGCCCGGGGUGUGCCGCAAGACCAAGAAGAAGCACCUCAAGAAAAGUAAGAACCCUGAGGAUGUGGUUCGAAGGUACAUGCAGAAGGUGAAGAACCCGCCUGAUGAGGACUGCACCAUCUGCAUGGAGCGGUGUGGCCACAUGUACCACCUGCUGUGCCUGGUGGCCAUGUACUCCAACGGCAACAAGGACGGCAGCCUGCAGUGCCCCACCUGCAAGGCCAUCUACGGGGAGAAGACGGGCACUCAGCCCCCCGGGAAGAUGGAGUUCCACCUCAUCCCCCACUCGCUGCCUGGCUUCGCGGACACCCAGACCAUCCGCAUUGUCUAUGACAUCCCCACAGGCAUCCAGGGCCCUGAGCACCCCAAUCCAGGCAAGAAGUUCACCGCCAGAGGCUUCCCGCGCCACUGCUAUCUGCCCAACAACGAGAAAGGCCGGAAGGUGUUGCGACUGCUCAUCACCGCCUGGGAGCGGAGGCUCAUCUUCACCAUCGGCACGUCCAACACCACGGGCGAGUCGGACACCGUGGUGUGGAACGAGAUCCACCACAAGACCGAGUUCGGAUCCAACCUCACGGGCCACGGCUACCCGGACGCGAGCUACCUAGACAACGUGCUGGCCGAGCUCACAGCCCAGGGCGUGUCGGAGGCCACGGCCAAAGCCUGAGGCCCCAGGCUGCCCACGGUCCCUCCUGCUUUGCCCCUGGCCCAGCACAGGCCUCCCUCCACCAGGUCUGUCUUCCUGGUGGCCCAGGUUCAGGGCUGGGGAGGAGCCUGUGGAAGAAGCCAGAAGCGCUCUGGACAUUUGGCUGGUGGCCACUGGGAAUGAUGGGAAGACGGCAGGCCGGCCAGCUCCAACUCUGGGAGGGUCGCAGGGAGAGCACCAGAGACCACAGCGACCUCCCUCCCACCCCUCACACAAACAGUGUCCUGUUGAACACAUGCACGCACACCCACGUGCCUCUACUUGCCCCCAAUCUGGGGGGGAAGAGACAGAAGACCCCUGUGACACUCCAUGUGGAUCCCGUGUGUGUCUGUCACCUCCGUCCGUACAAGCUUGUCUGCCAGCAGGAGGAUUCCGGUCAAGCACGUAGGGACCUGCUGGGGCUCCUGGGGGAGAAGGGGACCCUUGGGGAGCUCUGCUGACCCCGUCUGUGUCACCAUCUCUGCCCUGAGCAGUUCUGCAAAGGGGCCAGCCAGAGAGAGGGGGCCUAGAGGUAUCAUUUGUGCUCGUGUCUCCUCAUCCUCUAGGACCCUGACCUCCUCCUCCGCCCUUCCCAUCCCCAGGCCUAUGUCUGUCCCAGAUAAAGGCGCUGUUCUCCUUUCCUCCCACCCCAUCCUCUCCACCAAGUCGUUCGUUUCCAAUGUCGAGACCCAAAGGCCGGGGCUUCUGGCUUCGGGAGCGAGGCGAGGAGGCCUGGCUUAAGCCAGCGGGUCUGGAAAAGCAGACGAGAGCAGAGCGUCCAUUUCCCUUACUUGGAAGUGGGCAGUGGGGUGGCUGAUGGUCUCCACCAACCAGGGGCCUGUUGCCCAGGCAACUCACCAGCUCCGCCUCUGUUGAUUGGCUGCCACGGUGGAAGUCAGCCAAGAAUUAAAGGGACGCCAGUGAUCGCUCUUUUGAAAACCUACCAGUCCCACUGUGGGUGGAGAAAUAAACGGUCUUUCUCCUCCUC